UAGUUGGUAGGUAAACUCAAGAUUCUUCUUCUUCAUCUUCUCCUUCCUCCUCUUCUUCUUCUGUGCGCUGCUAUCUUCCACAAUUCAAAUAAAGAUUCCUCAGAAUUCUAUUUUUGUUGAUUCAAUAAAUCUGGGAGAUUGAUUGAUGGAUGCCCUUCUGUGCGAUGAACUUCUCCAAGAAAUCUUCCGUCGCCUUCCACCUUCAUCUUCCGCCGCCGUCUCUCUGGUGUCCAAGCGGUGGCUUAGUCUCCUCCGCUCUUCCACCACCUCCCUCUCUCUCCUUUUACAUCAACCUCAUGUUUCUCCGGCCCUCUCUUCUUUCCUCUCUCAGCAUCCCUAUCUAUCUGCUCUCUCCGUCAACGCCGCCGCCUCCUCCACAGCUGCCUCCGAUCAUGUCAUUCGCUUAGUCGCCUCUUCUUGCCCAAACCUCUCCCAUCUCCGAUUCUUGGCCGGCCCAGUUUCUCCUUUCUCUCUCUUCUCUCUCUCCUCUUCUUGUCCACGCCUUUCUUCUCUGGAUGUGGCUCUCUGCAGACCCCUCUCUUUCCUUUGGCUUGCCCCUUUCGAGAAUCUCAAACGCCUCUCCGUUCAGUCCGUCGCGAAUUCGUCUGACUCUGAGUAUCUCAAGUUCGGGAAUAGUAAUUUAUUGGAUGAAUUUCCCGAUUCUGAACUGAACUUAGAGAGCCUGUGCUUGUCCGGAAUUGGGUCGGGAGAUUAUGGGCUCACUUGGGUGUGGAGAAAUUGCAGAAAGAUCAAAACUUUGAAGCUGAAAAGGUGUGAGGGCGUGGGAGAUAACGCUUCUUUUUCUGGGUUUCUUCAGCGCCUGGAAGGCCUAGAAGAAGUGGAACUGAGAAGUUGCAGGCCCAUAGCCAAUGGGGUUUUGUUGAAAUUGGCAGAGAAUUGUGUUUCUUUAAACUCAUUCUUGCUUCACGAUGGUGGAAGCAAAGAUGGGUUACUCCAAUUCAUCACAGAAACCAAGUGUUCUUUACAAAAACUGGAUUUCCGCUUGCCUCUUGAUCUUGACAACCGCCAUUUGAACGCCAUAGCUGAAAGCUUCAGAGGCUUAACCAUUCUUAGGCUCCAAAGCUGCUGCCUUGUCACAGGUGAAGGGCUGAGGAGGGUUGGGAGGGCAGUUGGGGGUGGGGUGGAUGAGCUGGCACUGGUGAACUGUGAUGUGGUGGAGAGAGAAUCUGGGUUGCUGGCAACACUGGGACAAAACAUGAAGAGAUUGAGGAAACUGGACCUGUCUUAUAAUGAGAUGUUGGUUGACAAGGAGUUGAUGUCAAUGCUGGUGUCUUGUAAUGGUUUGAAGGAAUUGAGGUUGAGGGGUUGUAAUAGGCUAACAAAUGUGGCCAUGGCUUCCAUGACUAAGAGCUGCAAGGGAUUGGAGAGGGUGGAUAUCAUGAAUUGUUGUGGGAUUGAAGCUGAGGCUGUGGAGCAGUUUGUGGUGAAUUCUGCAGCUUUGACACACCUCCAAGUGGAGGAGACUAAGCUUUCUAGUGUUGCUAUAAUGUGGGCAUCAAAUCAUUUCAUUCAACUUAUUUAAUUGUUUUGGGUGUAGCCGAGCUUGACGUUUGGUUAAGGAUGGAUGAAUCUCUUCCACUCAGUCAUAGUCCUUAAGUUACUUAUUUAAUCAUUUAUGUGUAUCCUUCUUCCAAAUGGUUCAAUUUCAUAUCUUUAAGGGUUUUCUACUUUUUGGGGCUCGACAAAGCAUGUGGAAGAAGAUAGAUCACGGUAAUUCAGUGACUCAGUAUACAAGACUAAAUGUCAGUGCAUACAAGAGAUUGCUGUUGAGUUUCGAAUAUUGGUCUGAUUUGUAUCCUUUUGUUACAUGUGAAUAUGUGAUUGAUAUAGUACAAGAGAGGUUGUGAUACUUAUGCUGUAAGUACGUUUCAAAAAUAAAUGUGGAAUUGCAGUCAGAUGCAAGUAAUCUUUGUUGUAUUUAUUUAUUAUAAAAUGCGCACAUUAACAUUAUAUUGGAUCAUUAUUAAUUAUUAGUGUCGUUUUUU